UCCAGUCUGAGCCGGUCACCCUGUCGUCUCCACAAGACCCGCCGGUUCUUUUUUGUCAAUUUUUUUUCUUCCUUUCGAUUUUCUAUUGCAUGGUGGUUUUCCACCUCAAUGGCCCAUGGACCACCCCCCAGGUUCCAAUUCCAAACCAACGCCGACUCGACCGAAGUAAGCCGGGCAGGCGUCCGACAACAACUGCCAGCCAGACUCGCACCGGUCACACCCUCCCCAGUCCCAAUCCCAGUCUCGCCAGUGCGUCCAAAUUCAGGUCAGGAGGGCGGGCACAUGGAUGAAUCGACUUUGUGGCCACCGAGGUGUCCCGUUCCUAGAGGCGUUGAUGAUGAUGUACUGCACUCGGUGGGAAACGUUCCCAGAGAACUGAUGGACGACGGGUGAGCAGUGCGCCUUGAGACUGAUAAUUCCGUUGUUUAUUGAUUUAAUACUUACCUCAUUCUUAUUGGCGUCUCAAAAAUGGUCCUGCGGUGUGAGAGGAGUCGAGGUAUUUUCUUACACUUUUGUCGCUCUUUCCCUCUCUUGCUCCUGCUUCCGCACUGCACUCACCUGCUACUGGUCCCUUCCCUUUUGGUCUGGUCCAUCCCCAAGUUCCCGCCAGAGAUGACCCACUUCGCUGUCGGGCUUUCCUCCUCCUGCCUGUCACUGUCACUGACUUGACCCAAAGUACCGACCUCCCCUUCAUUGCUGAACAGUUACCUGCUUGCCCUGCUUCAAAGGUACCUCGCCCGCUGCUUGAGCCCACCCGCCGCUACGAACCGCUGUACUCCCUACCCUCCCACCCACCCAUCUCCCUCACUUCACUCACUGCACUUCGCCCUCCCGGUCUCCUCCUUUCGCCUCCAUUCACACGCACGCCGCCAUCAUUCCUCUCCACUUUACAUCCUCACCCCCAUCCCCGUCCUCUCUCUCCCCAUCUCCAUCCCAUCCAUCCCAACCCGUCCCAUCCAUUUCACUCCUCGAAAUUCUUCUUUUCCGACCCUGUUCUUCCCCUUCCUCUUCUCUUCCCAUAUCCUCUCUUCCUCUCUCUCCUUCGUCCCCCCCCAAACCACGAAUCCGCCGCAUCCCGACGAAACCCAUCGUCCUCGACUUUGCUCGAUUCUCCAAACCCAAGUCGUCGACUAUCUAGGAUUCAGGUUUCCGCCCCCCUUCCACGCGACAAUCAGCCGAUUCGAUUCGACUACCGUUGCCCCAAUCACCUCGCCCGAUCACGAUCACGAUCACGUCGAGCCAUACACCUCUGUUCACCUUGAGACAGAAACACCGUUUUACCGCUCUGAGCCCUCUGAGAAAACAUCGUCCGAAUACCACCACGGGAACACCGUCCUUUCACCUUCGCGCGUACCUGUCAAAUUUCCCUUGAUUUUUCCUUUCCCAAGAUAACAGCUGCGGCUUUUCUUUUCCACGACCUUCUUCGUCUCGAGUCGAGCGGUCCUUGGAUCUUGCCCGGACGCCUCAACGACCAUCUUCCGUUUAAGCAUCCCAUUUUUCGAGCCAGUCAUCGCAGUAUCUUUUCACACGCAGGUAUUCACACUCUUCUGGAGGUUCCUGAGCUGUCCACGACCGCCACACGCGCCGCGACUUUUCCUCUCGUCUACAUUCAUUUUUAGACUUCCGCCUCUCGUAGUCGACACGAUCACACCUUGAUGGCUAUUUGCAGUUACUAAGGGCUCGUGUCAUCAUCCCCCUCACCACCCCGACGCCUCGUCUUCUUCGGCCUUGGACAUCACCGCUAGCACGUCGCGGCUCGCUCCCUACUGCUAAGUGUUCCCUCCGAGCGCCUCGAGCAUUCUCUCCGACAAAGGUCCUCUUACGGUCUUAGUCGGACUCUUCUCAAUACCGCCAACAUGCCUGGAGGUGUCUGUGCCGUCCUCGACUACGAGGUCGACCAAAUGGCCGAGUUCGUUGCUGAGAUGGCAACCCGCGUCGUUAUGCCUCUGUCGACCACGGCUGUUACCCCCCCUUUCCGCAAGUUUGUCUCGCAGAUCCUCUCAUCUACGAGACUGCCCAAGAGCACCAUCCUCCUGGGAAUGAACUACCUCGCGAAACGUGUCAACACGCUUAAGCAGAACAACCCUUCGUACACGGUACCCGAGGGUCAGGUCUGGCGCAUGUUGACGGUCUCGCUGCUGCUCGGCAGCAAGUUCUUGGACGACAACACCUUUCAGAACCGUUCCUGGUCUGAGGUGAGCGGCAUCCCCGUCGCCGAGCUCAACGCUCUGGAACAUGAGUGGUUGGAGCAGUCUGGCUGGUGUCUGUAUGUCAACUUGGAUUACAGCGCGGACUAUAAGGCUUGGCUCACCAGUUGGGACGACUGGAAGGUCCUCAAGGACCAGGCUACAGCCAGGGCCAACCGCGAGAGGCAUGUCCCCGCCAUCGACACCAACAUCAACCGGUACGGCGGUCGAUCCGCCUACCAUACGUUUGUUCAGCAGCAGGCGGCUGAGUACGAGCGCUAUGAGGCCAUCAAGCGCAACGAGCUGGCCCAUCAGCAGGCAUACGGCAACUGGAAUUGGCAGUCUGCUCCGCUCACCCCACCGGACUCUGGUUAUGGCACUCCCGAGUAUAUCAACUCUGCUACGUCGGCCAACGCCCGGUACAACGAUUGGUUUUCCCAGGCAGCUGCCAGCGCCCAGUGGAACAAUCGUUACCAGCAGCCGACUCAUAGUUACUACGGACACCGCCACAACCAGCAGGCCUUUUCUGGACACUACAACUACUCGCAAAACAUGUGGGAGCACGGUGUCGCAGAGUGCAGUUGUGCGAACUGCGUCGGGCCCGCGGUCAAGCCGCCUGCCUACUUUGCGCACCCCGGCUUCGGUCAGCCCGUCAUGGGCUGAAUUCAUUGCGAUACCCGGCGGGACCCACCACCGCCCU